AUAUGGAGAGAGGUGUCUGAGAAAUAGGCUUCCUAUACAGAGAGGCCGUGUGUGUAAAAAGGCCUCCUUGGGAGCGAGGGAUAAGGACUGGUCAAGAGAGAGAUGAUGGGGAAGCCAAGGGCCAUAAUUGUGGGUGGGAGCAUAUCAGGGCUAGCUUGUGCGCACUCACUAGGAGGUGCAGGCUGGGACGUGGUGGUGGUGGAGAAGGCGAGUGGGCUCGCACACAGUGGCAGCUCCACUGGUGCAGGCCUCGGCCUCGACAGGCACUCGUGCCGAGUCCUUGCCCAAUGGCUUACAGAACAGACCCUCCUCCAUGGAUCCCUACCUCUCAAGGUUGAUCAGAACCAAGCAACAGAUAGCGAGAAGAAGGUAUGUUGGACACUAGCCAGGGAUGAUGACUUUGGUUUCAGAGCAGCUCAUUGGGGUGAUCUCCAUGCCCUCCUUUACUACUCUUUGCCUCCACAGACUGUUCUCUGGGGCCACCAUUUCCUUUCGUUCCAAAGAUCACAAGAAGGUGUUCAAGCUCAAGUUGAGAUCAUUGAAACUGAUAGUGUAAUCAAGAUUGUUGGGGACUUGCUUGUGGCUGCUGAUGGGUGCUUAUCCGCAAUUCGGCGCCAUUUCUUUCCUGAUCAUAAACUUAGGUAUUUAGGUUACUCUGCAUGGAGAGGAGUUCUUGAUUUUUCAGAGAAUGAAUAUUCGGACAUUAUACUUGGACUUCGGAGAGUCUAUCCAGAACUUGGGAAUUGUCUUUACUUUGAUUUAGCACAAGGAACUCAUUGUGUUAUAUAUGAGAUCCAAAAUAAGAGGAUCAAUUGGAUUUGGUAUGUUAACCAGCCUGAGCCACAGUCAAAGGGAAAUUCAAUGACAGUGAAAGUGAGAGGUGACAUGGUAGAGAAGAUGCAUCAAGAGGCAGAGAAGGCUUGGGUUCCUGAGUUGGCUAGACUCAUGAAGGAAACAAAGGAACCCUUCAUCAAUAUAAUGUAUGAUUCUGAUCCUCUAGUACGUCUCUCUUGGGAUAAUGUGGUCUUGGUUGGUGAUGCAGCUCAUCCCACUUCACCCCAUGGCCUAAGAAGUACUAAUAUGUCUAUCCUAGAUGCCUGGGUACUUGGCCAUUCUCUAAGGAAAUCUGGGGUUGAAAACUUGGGUUUGGCACUGAAAGAGUACGAGUCCCUCCGGCUACCAGUGGUUUCAAAGCAGGUGUUACACUCUCGUCACUUGGGGCGACUAAAACAAGGUUUCCUUUUUAGUCCUCCCCAUAGCUUUCCAUGGAAAAAUGCAGGUCCAGAGGAACGUGAGGAGCUUCUUCAAAGAAAAAUGCCUUUUUUUGAGGAAAUCCCUUUACCUGGUGACAUCUUAAGCUAGAUUUGUCAUUAUGUAUGGGUCCAUUUAGUAGUUAAUGUUAACGGUUUCUUUGCCAAGUAAUAUAUUUAUUGUUUUAGCUUAGGUUGUAUGAAAUGAUACUUUCCUAGUGUUUUUGGUUUGGCCUACCAUUCAAUUAGUUGAUAUUUUGUGAGGUACAUAAUAUAUUGUUUUCUAGCUGGGCAUCUUAUCAUUUUCAAUGAUGUGUUGUAUUUGUUCAACAGUUAGGACUGGAUUGUAUAUAAUGAAAUAUAUUGUUACAAGGUUGCCAAAUC